UAUCACUCUCGUGUGUUGCUCUCCAGACAAGAGUUUCCUGAAGAGCGCAGGAAAAUAACGGGCUUCGUUUUAUUUCAUCCAGAACUCUUUCAGAAGCUCAGAAAGAAUAAACGGAUCCGAGCGGAUCGAGGACUUGCGACAAUUAAAAUGCGUCGCAUCACACGGAACGUCGAUCAGGUUGUUGUGCUGCUGCUGUUGUUGUCGGCUGCGGUCGGCUUCGCUCAGGUGCUGGACCGAACACUCAUAAUGACCCAUGAGAGGAGCUCCAUCCAGAGGACAUACGAGCUGACCAAAUACCUGGACCACCAGCUGAAGGAGAUCAGAGACACUUACCUGUCCUAUCUUGGCCCUCCGUUCAGCGAUCCCGGCUUCUCUCCUCCACGUCCCAACAGCUCCUCUCUGUCCGUCCCCAGUGCAGCCACGAGGGUGGACUUGUGGCGAGGGCUGGAGAACGGCGCUCGUCUGGCGCAGAACCAGCGGGCGUACAGUGUUCUCCUGUGUGCCGUGAGGGAGCUGGCGCGCUCCACCCUGUGUCCGUACCUCCAGAGCUCCCUCAUGCACUUCUGCUCUGGCCUCAGCGGGCUGCUCGGCUCCAUAUCCGGCCUGAUGAACGCCCUGGGCUACACCAACAUCCCGCCCUCCACACCCGCUCAAGGAUAUGCCCCACUUCUGUCCUCACAGGUUCAGGGCGAGAGCGAGAACAGCCCCGCUCCUCUGCGGAGCUACGAGCCUCGAAGCAUUCAGCCCGCCUCGGGCGAGAGAGAGGGAACGACUCGGGUAGAUCUCAAGCGGGACAGAGACAGGGGCAGGAGAGGAAGGAGAAAAGAAGAGGAGGGAGAGAAAGAGGAAGGGAUGGAGAGAUGGGGCAAACGGCGGCGACUAUUGAGUGUGGACGAAGAGAAGACAAUACAACUGAACGUGAACUACACCACUUUAAAACUCGGAGAUGGAUACAGAAGGCAUCCCGUACUCUUUUCAUCGUCGUCUCUCCAACACCGUCGACCCGUUCGCUCCAUUCCCUCAUCUCACGCUGGUCUCUCUCCUCUCUCGCUCCUGUAUCAGUACGGAGGGCCGGUCGCUGAGGUGCACUCUUUGCUAGCGGCCCCCGUGUUGUCGUCCCAUCCCGCCCCGAAUGACUUCUCACGGAAGGUGGAGGGAUUCUGGGUCCUGCGAGAGCUGCAGAGCUGGCUGUGGAGAUCGGCGAAAGACUUCACCAGACUGAAGAAGCGGCUGCGCGCUUGAGAACAAAGCCUCCGUUCCGAAACCUAGCGAGCUGUCUUCUAACAAGGCAGUGA